AUGGACACAGACGAUCAAGAUGUCCUCCUCGCGAAGAUCAGUCAGCUUGCCGGUAAUCACGCUCCGGGCCAAAUAAAUCGACACAAGAAUGGACAGAACACAGAUCAGCAAUCUCGAUCCCAUCCCUACGCGCGAAACAACAAGUACGGAGGAUACCAACAACCAAGCACCUCAUGGCGACCAAACCGCGGUGGCUAUCCCUCUCGCGGAUACCCUAGAGGAGGGCAGACCCCUCAAGUUCACCGAAAUCGAACACUUGUAUUGAAUGGUAAUACGCCAGCGGCAGGAACUGAUGCAUCCGCAUCCAAUGAGACUGAACGACCUUCCGCCAGUGACAGUAAUGCAGGAGCUGCUUGGGUCACGAAGCAAGACCGCCACCUUCAACUCAUCAAUACGUCCAUCUUCGAGAAAGAUAGCCAAAAGCGAGCAAAAGCUAUAGAGCAAACUCGGCAACAGAAAUUGAAGCAGAGAGAUGAGCGCGAGAAGGCGAGAAUCGUCCAGCACCUUCAACGAGGAAAUUACAAUGGUCCUUCGACGCGCGCUACUGGAACGACAGCCAAUAAUGAACUGGAUGUGAAUGGCAUCCGAUUUCGAGUGGUACAAGGCGGCAGCAAACUGGUCAAAGUCCCUGGUGAGGAAGGGACCCAAAACGCCAGCGACACCGUUGGGCUUGGUGGAUCAAUCAUGAGCUUACAGUAUCCAGGAGACCUUAACGCAGCAAAGUCCACUCCCAAAUCAGCAUUGGUUGGGGGUGUCCGUUUUUACAGAAGCAAAAGUGGCAACAUGUAUCGAUCCGGAAUUAUCAAAGCUUACCGGAGAACUGGGGUCGUUAAAAAGAUUAACGAGCCUUGCAAGAUAUUCACAACUACGGGUUCUUGUCCAAAAGGCCCCAGAUGCCGCUAUAUUCAUGAUCCGACAAGGGUUGCAGUGUGCAAAGACUUUCUUCAGAAGGGAUCUUGUCCAAGUGGAGAUUCCUGUGACCUCUCACAUGAACUGACCCCAGAGAGAACACCCACCUGCUUGCACUUUGCAAAAGGCAAUUGCUCCAACUCGAAUUGUCGCUAUACCCAUAUCCGGGUCUCCCCAACUGCCUCAGUUUGUCGACCCUUCGGUAUCUAUGGCUAUUGCGAGAAAGGUGCAAGCUGCACAGAGCGCCAUGUCUAUGAAUGUCCGGAUUUCAGCAACACAGGUACAUGUACCACCAAAGGAUGCAAAUUGCCCCACCGACACAAGGCGAGCGUCAUGCGGAACAUCACUGCUCGAAAUGGAGAAUCAUCGCCAGAAGAAGGCAGUGAUAUAUCCAGUGACGACGAGGACGAAGAAAUCGGUAGCGAUGAUGUCGACUCUGAUGACCUCGAUGAGGAGUACUUCGGUGAUGAGGAUGGAAAGAUAGAUUCCGAUAUCCCCAUGCAACAAGACUACGUUCACUUGAGGUGAUCGUCGCAUCACUCCUUACAACCUGUUUGCCAGCUGUUCUUGGCUGGUUUCAAUUUUCUUUUCAGCAAUUCAUCACGCUUAUUAUGCUCACAUCAUGGAUGGAGUUAGGCUCGAACUUGCAUUUGGGGCGUGGUUUCUAGGGGGGGUUGGCUUGCUAUCGUCAUCGGAGCUUGAGAUACCCCAAAUCCGCGUCGACUGGCUUCGGCCUCAUUGCUGUAUUGUCUGAGUAGAAGAAAAUAGAAGAAAGAAAGAAUAAAAGCAUGAUUAUGG